ACCACCACCUUGAAAGUACAUAUUUGACAGUGCAAAGUCAGGCAGAGCCUGCACUCCAGCUUAGCGUUCAGUUAGGCACAGACGCCCCAGCCCCUCUCCAGCUCUAUCCUUGGUUUUCCGUUGGACGUUUUGUCGGUGCCGCCGAACAACACUAAGCAGCCAUGGAUGCCAUUAAGAAGAAGAUGCAGAUGCUCAAGCUCGACAAGGAGAAUGCCUUGGACAGAGCUGAGCAGGCCGAGUCAGACAAGAAAGCAGCAGAGGACAGAAGCAAACAGUUAGAGGACGAUAUAAGAGAGAUGGAAAAGAAAUUGCGUGUAACUGAGGACGAAAGAGAUAAAGUGCUUGAGGAGUUCCAAACAGCUGAAGAAAAGCUGCUGACUGCUGAGGAGGUCGCCACUAAGCUUGAGGACGAUUUGGUAGCUCUGCAGAAGAAACUGAAGGGAACUGAGGAUGAGUUGGACAAGUACUCCGAGGCUCUUAAAGAUGCCCAGGAAAAACUUGAGCUGGCUGAGAAGAAAGCCACCGAUGCUGAGGGAGAGGUCGCUUCCCUUAACAGACGUAUCCAGCUGGUUGAGGAGGAGUUGGAUCGUGCUCAGGAGCGUCUGGCCACUGCUCUGACCAAGCUGGAGGAGGCUGAGAAGGCUGCUGAUGAGAGUGAGAGAGGCAUGAAGGUCAUUGAGAACAGGGCCAUGAAGGACGAGGAGAAGAUGGAGCUGCAGGAGAUCCAGCUGAAAGAGGCCAAACACAUCGCUGAGGAGGCUGACCGCAAAUAUGAGGAGGUUGCCCGUAAACUGGUCAUCAUUGAGGGUGAUCUGGAGCGUACAGAGGAGCGCGCUGAGCUGUCAGAAGGCAAAUGCUCUGAACUUGAGGAAGAGUUGAAAACUGUGACCAACAACCUGAAGUCACUGGAGGCACAGGCUGAGAAGUACUCACAGAAGGAGGACAAGUAUGAGGAGGAGAUCAAGGUCCUCACUGACAAGCUGAAGGAGGCUGAGACUCGUGCUGAGUUCGCUGAGAGAUCAGUAGCCAAGCUUGAGAAGACCAUUGAUGACCUGGAAGAUGAGUUGUAUGCCCAGAAACUGAAGUACAAGGCCAUCAGCGAGGAGCUGGACCACGCCCUCAACGACAUGACUUCCAUGUAAUUUUUCUACUUGCCGUACCUGCUUGUUUCCACCAUCAUGCCCCCUCUCUCGCCUCUGGCCUGCACCUGUGUUACCUACACAUCAAAUGCCUCACCUCUUUUGUCUCCCUCAUUUAUUAUUUUACAUGUUCACUAGAACUAAACAUCUCAUCUAUACUAAAAUUCCUUUUUUAUAUAUAGUCUAUAAAUUUCAAGUCUUAAAACAGAAAUUUGUUGCCUCUGUACUUGAGCUGCUCCUGUAAUAGAUAAUCCUGUCUUUAAUUGUGUCCUUAUGAUGAUACUGUAUGCCUUUUGUGUCAGUAUCUUUGACGUUUGAGAGUACAGAAAAAACGAAUGAAGUCAUGUCAUGCAUGAACAGAACGCAGCAUGUUAAUAUUUAGAUUCUUUUAUGAGUUUAUGUUCAAAUGCCCAUUGUAAUAUCUUUGGACAUUUUCACUUCUUAAGCAAUGCAUGCAAGCUGUUGAUUGACAAAAACUGCAAUAAUGAUUUUUUUUUCCCUGAAACUGGUUUACAUGCUGAUCCUCAUGGUUAUAUGUAGUGUCCCCAUUUCUACUAAUAUGGUCUACUUCCGUUGAGAAGAAAGGCCCACACAUGUGUUUGUGAUACCCUCCUUUGCUAUGUCAAUAUACCAGGUGAGGAGAAGCGGCCAUAGCUUAGCACCAGUGUGGCUGAGCCCACAGUUUUUCCUAAGUAAAAUUCCCAGUGUGUAAAGAUGAGAGCCACAACUGUCUGUCAGUUGAGCGCUGCACCUCAUGAUGUAGCAGGAAGGUGUUGAUGUAAUCACAGGAAGGACUUGCCCCAACCCUUUAGUGUGUGUGUGUGUUUGCAAGUGUUUUUCAUGCACAGGAUGCAUUUACACUGUGCAUUGUGGUUUUUGUGGUGCCCUGCCGUGACUCCCGUGUCUCUGGUGUAUUUUGGUUGGCAUUUUACAUUUCCGUAGGUCCCCCUCCUGCUCCCCCCAGGUUCACUCUACUUCUUCUCUUCCACACAGAUAAAUUGUUUACACCUCAUCAAAGACGCCUCCUGCCGGCUGAGCAGCAUCUGUCUGCUCUCUCCAGCCUUUUCUCCAUUUUUUUUCCCCUUCCCUCUCUGUCUUUGCUUCCCU